AUGUGGCAGGAGAGGACGGAGGUGAAGUUGCGGAUGGAGGAGAGCCGAAGGCUUCGUGCAGUAGUUGUUGAGGAGCUGAGGAGACGCCCAGACGAAGCAAAUAGGAGCGAGAUUGAAGUGGAACGGUUUGAUCCUGAUGCUGCUACUAGCUUGCUCGAUGCCACGACGGAGGAAAACGAGUCGGCUGAAGAGGAAACGGCUGAUGAUUAUGUGGCGUAUCGGACGAGAGGAGGAGUGCUAGUCGAGCUGGACCCUGAUAUCAAUAGAUUUGGGGAUCCUGAAUCAAAGUCUAUACUAGAGGACUUCGUGGAGCGGAAACAGCGAGAAGCUGAGCAAUGGAAACGUUCUCCGAUACAAGCCAGGCCGAGUUCAGCUGUGAGUAUAGCUAUGCCCCUCUAUUGA